UUCGCAAGAAGCAGACAUGUGUCGACGUUUCUUUGUGAGCAGUGACUAUAUUUAAAAACUCAAAAAGAUAUCUACAUAAGGAUUGUUGCGUUGCUUCCUUUGAUAAGAGUUCGAGGAUAUGACGAAAUACGAAUAAGAUAAAAAUUCAUAUAAUUGACAAGAACAGUUUUCGUACGAACACAUUUCAGUGUAAGAUGAUCAGUCGCUGCCUCUUAUUUUCUGCCUUUUUGGCUUUGGCAUUUGCUACUCAAGAAUACCUGCGUCCAUUAAAAGGGAUGCAAGGACUUUUAAUUACUUGUGACAAUGAGGAAAAACUGGGCCUCGUUCUUCAAUAUAAAGCAAAUAGGAAUUUUGAAUUUUUGUCGAUUUCUGAUCUUCGAUCGGAAAAUGUUCAGGUUCUAGUUACAGCAAAUGAAGUUUCUGACUUUAAAAAGUUACUUGAACUACAUGAAAUUAAAUAUAAAGUUUACAUAGAUGACUUCCAAAAAUUAGUUGACGAAGAAUCUAAGGCUCAAAAGCUUGCCCACAAAAGGAGUCGUCGAAGUUUUGGAGUAAAUGCACCAUACCAUUUUAAUCAUUUCCCACGACUUAAGACUAUAAACAGAUAUUUGAUAGAAACUUCUAAAAAAUACGAUGACGUAACACUGUUCAGUAUUGGUUCCUCUUUUGAAGGUCGUCAAAUGUACGGUGUGAAAAUUUCAAGUGGUGAAAAUGAGACAAAACCUGCUAUUUUAAUUGAUGCCGGUAUUCAUGCCCGGGAGUGGAUUGCUCCCACUACCGCACUUUUUGCAAUUUCCAGACUUGUAAAAAACGAAAGCAGGCAUAUUUAUGAAAAUCUGGAUUGGUAUAUUAUUCCGCAAAUUAAUCCUGAUGGUUACGAAUAUUCACGCACUAAAGAUCGCAUGUGGAGGAAGACUAGAUCACAUACUACAAAUCCAGGGUGCAGAGGCGUUGAUGCAAAUAGAAACUUUGGUUACAAGUGGAUGUUUUACGAACCGAAUAUUUAUACCAGAGUUUCUCCUAAUCCAUGUGAAAAUAUUUAUGCCGGAGAGAAGGCAUUUUCUGAAAUGGAAACUCAAAACUUACGUGACUUUUUCUUAUCAAAAAAUGGGACUAUCAAGGCUUAUGUGAGUCUACAUUCGACAAGUCAAAACACAAAGAGUAUACUCGCACCUUGGGCAUACACCAAAAAAUUGCUCACUAAUUCUUCAGCACAUAUAAAUCUAGCAGAAAAAGCUGCAAGAGCAGCUUCAAGUGUGCGUGGAACUAAUUACACUACUGGAUUUGCAAGUCAUAUUUACUAUGCUGCUCCUGGAGCAAGUAUGGAUUGGGCCAUUGGAGUUGGUGGAGCAAAUUUAUCAUAUACAAUUGAGUUACCAAGUCAUAAUUUCAUGACGAGUCCUGAAAACAUAAGUGUUAUUGGUCUUGAAAUAUUUAGAGCUUUAAAAAUUUUUGCAAAAUAUGUAGUCUCACCUGCGUCUUUAGCGGCAACUCAAGUGACAGCUGCACCUGGGGACGAAAUUGUUUUGAAGGAGGACGUGCUGAAAGCCAUCGGACCCUGUAUUAUUUCAGAAAAAAUAUUGUCAGAGCCCAUUCGAGAGCUAGAUGUAAGCUGUUGGAGUGACAUCUUGAAGCAAGGUCUCCCUAAAGAGGAUUUCGACAAAUUAGUAGCUAAAUAUUCACCUCCAUCAAACUGCUCGGACAUCGAACCUUCAAUAUUGAAUCCUGCAAUUAAAGAUUUAUUAAUUAAAAUAAAUCUUGAGUCGGUAAUUAGGAAGGACGGCAGAAUUUCGAAGAAGCAGCUCAAAUUGAAAGCGUCCCUGGCAGCUGUGGGGAAAGGUCUCAAUGAGCUUCUGAAAGCAUUAGAUGUUAAUGUGCCCUUAGUAGAGUCCUUCGGCGAUGUGGGGAGAUUGCUAGCUGAUCUUCACCACGAUGAGUCCAAUAUAAGGAACAGUUUGAUCUCAUCAAAUCUGAAUAUAAACGGAUACAUGUUAGUAAUGUCUCAAGCCAACGAAGAUGUAACAAUCUUCAGCAUUGGUCAAUCUUUCGUAGGUCGUGAAAUGUAUGGUGUAAAAAUUUCGAGUGGUGUGAAAUAUUGUGAAAAACUUGCGAUUUUAAUCGAAGCUGGAAUUCAUGCUCGUGAGUGGAUUUCUCCUGUGAGAGCACUUUUUACCAUUUUCGAACUUGUAAAAGAGAACAACAAAUAUCUUUACGAAAAUAUUGAUUGGUACAUAAUUCCCUCAAUGAAUCCAAAUAGGAAGAUCCACAGUGAUUUCAGCCUCUUUUCGUGGCUUAGUUCCCUCUUCGCAGUUAUGAAUGCACAAAGCAGAGCAUGCGCAGAUCUCUCCCUGUCGCAGAUCAGUUUGACAGGUCGUGGUUUUACCUGGGUCUGUGGAAAUGUGCCCAUUCUAAGUGCUCUUAAAUUUGUGGGGCGAGUGUCGGAAACAAUGCCAGUUAAGGUUUCAGAGAUUUCGUUGAGUUAUUGUGUGAUAAAAGCUAAAGCAGCUCGGAUAUUUCUCUCCACAUCCUGUGCAGUGACUGGUGCAGAUGCAGAUUCCGUCGUCGUGGGCGUGCGAGAACUUUGUUGUUUGCAACACCUUGAGAAUGCUCCGUUUUCUAGUUUGCCGUUUUUUUAUGCAAAAUUAGAUUACUUUUAUCGGAAAUUAUUAAAUUUUUUCAUCCUGAGAAAGCAUUUAAAUAAUAUUACUAAUUUUUUACAGUAUCAUUUGUGGCGAAAAACUAUGUCUAAUAGUACGAAUUCAGAGUGCUUUGGUACUGAUGGAAACAGGAAUUUUUACUCUAUGUGGAUGAAUGGAGGAGCUUCUAGUGAUCCUUGUAGUGAGGCAUUUGCCGGAAGCAAGCCCUUUUCGGAAAUAGAAAGUCGAAAUUUGCACGACUUCAUUUUAUCCCUAAAAGGAACAAUAAAAAUUUUUAUAAGUCUACAUUCCAACGGACAGCUUCUAGGGUUUCCCUGGGGAUACACUAAAGAAUUUCAUGUUAAUUAUACACUUCUCAAAUCCCUAGGAGAUAAGGCUGCAAGAGUACUUUCAGCUUUUCGUGGAACAACCCACGUUGUCGACAGCAUUGCUCGCAUGUUGUAUGAGGCUUCUGGAGAGAGUAUAGAUUGGGCAAUGACUCAUGGUGGUGCAGAUUUAUCAUAUGUGUUUGAAUUACCAGGAUAUUAUUUUCAAAUUCAUCCCCAAGAAAUAAAGCCUGUUGGUUUAGAAAUUUUUGAGGCUUUUAAAGUUUUCGGAAAAUAUCUAGAAGAGGCUUACAUUAAUUAAUAUUGAAAAUGAUUAGAAAGUAUUUCAUUGAUCAAUACAAAUUUUUAUCGUUAAAAAUAAAGAACUAUAUAGCUGA